AUGAUAAAUCAGAUUAUUGCCUUAACAGCUGUUUGUGUUAAUGUUAAGUUAAGAAGGAAGAUGAAAGUAGUGUUUCUCAUAACGUUGUUGAUGUUGGUAGGUCGGUGUUCGUGUGGGGUGAACAACGGGGAACGCAUCGUGGGUGGAACAGAGUUAACACUACACAAGUACCCAUGGUUGGUGGGUCUCAAGUUACCUAAGAAGAAAGAUGGUUACUACUGCGGUGGUACCAUUAUAACUGCUCGAUACAUCAUCACUGCAGCACACUGCCUCUAUGAUCAGGACACUGGUAGAGUGAUUAAGUCUAAGUUCCUUAAGGUUGGUGUUGGAGAUCACAACCAGUGGACGACACAAGACGAUGUACAGGGUGUUACUGCCUUGGUAGACGUACAGAACAUCAUUGUACACGAGAAAUAUUCCUUCUUCGAGACUUACCAUGACAUAGGGCUGGUCCAAUUGGCCCAAGAGCUGGAUCUAGUCUCCCAUGUUCAGCUGAGGGCGGCAUGUUUGCCCACAGACCCCAGCAACAUGUUUGAGGGCACUACAGGCAUGGUAUACGGCUGGGGCAUCAUCCACACUACUGAUCUACAUCAGCCAGGCGUAGUUCGGGAAGUUAGUGUUUCCAUACUUGAUCAAGAUUGUCAAGGUAAACGAGUAGGUUACGUCAAGAUAACACCUAGGAUGCUGUGUGCUGGUGAGGAGGAUGGCGGGAAGGAUACGUGUCUAGGAGAUUCAGGAGGACCUCUCACUGUAAUGAAGGAUUUCCGCCACAUACUGGUAGGAAUCACAUCAUUCGGCGUUGGCUGUGGGAUCCCUGGAUCUCCCGGUGUUUACACUCGCGUCUCCGCCUACCUGGAGUGGAUCACCGCCAAUGUUGAAGGUGAUUCUUUUUGCAACUAAACGUAUUUAAAUUCGACCGAAAAGGAUUAUUUUUCUUUUGCAAAUUUUGGUUUUCGAACUUUCCAUCAAUGUUUGUAUUUACUGCGAACGUUGUAUCCAUUUUGUAGAUGGAAACGUGAAGGCUACCUGCUAGACUCCUGCUAGACUCCUGCUACUUGCUAGACUCCAGCUACCUGCUAGACUCCUGCUACUUGCUAGACUCCAGUUACCUGCUAAACCCCAGCCUCCUGCUAGACUCCAGUCACCUGCUAGACCCCAGCUACCUGCUAGACUCCAGCUACCUGCUAGACUCCAGUCACCUGCUACACUCCAGCUACCUGCUAGUCUCCAACCAGCUGCUAGACUCCAGUUACCUGCUAAACCCCAGCCUCCUGCUAGACUCCAGUCACCUGCUGGACCCCAGCCUCCUGUUAGACUCCAGCUACCUGUUAGACUCCAGCUACCUGCUAGACUACAGCCAGCUGCUAGAUUCCAGCUACAUUCUAGACUACACCUACCUGCUAGACUUCAGCUACCUGCUAAACUCCAGCUACCUGCUAGACUCCAGCUACCUGCUAGAUUCCAGCUACCUGCUAGACUCCAGCUACCUUCUAGACUCCAGCUACCUGCUAGACUUCAGCCAGCUGCUAGACUCCAGCUACCUGCUAGACUCAUUUACCUGCUAGACUCCAGUCACCUGCUAGACUCCAGGUACCUGCUAGACUCCAGCUACCUGCUAGACUCCACCUAGCUACUAGACUCCAGCUACCUGCUAGACUCCAGCUUCCUGCUAGACUC